AAGGUUUUUGUCAAAUCACAGACUCUGUGCUUAAUGAUAUUGUGAAUGCUCUUGAGACUUUUAACCUCCCUGACUCUAUGCAAGUUGAUAAGUUCUUAGAAAUAUCUGAUAAAAACAUGUCUAUAAAGUUUCUUUAG